AUGAGCUAUGCUGCACGAGGCAUUUUUCUUACAAAAUUCACAGAGGAUGUUAAUGCUCGAUCUAUCUAUGUUAGCAAAGUUAAUCGAAAAAUCACUGCCAAAGUUUUGCGUAUUCAUUUUCAACGAUGUGGGGAUAUUAGAGGAAUCAAAAUUGUUUGUAAAAUUUUCGACAAUAAUGUCGAUAAUGACAUAGGGCAUGCUUUUAUUGAAUUCUUUGAUGAAUCAAGUGUAGAAGACGCAUUGGAUUUAGAUGGAAGAAGAAGAAUGGGAAAUAGUUUUAUGCUACAUGAUGAAAUUACCAGAGAAGAAUUAAAAAAUCAUUUUCAAAUUUAUGGAAAUGUACUUGAAACCAAGAUAAACGAUUGCUCAAUCGGAAAAUAUGCAUUCUUAUUGUUUGCUACGAAAGAAAUAGCAGAACAUGCGCUACAGGCAGACAAUACACAGCUUGGUGGAAGAAAUAUACGUGUCAGAAGAUUUCCGAGUGAUAAUUCAAUAUUGAUUGCCGGUGUAUAUAUUUUCACUUAUUAG